AUGGACGCCCGCGUGGUCUUCUUCCUCCUCGCCGCCGCGGCGGCGGCGCCGCAGACCUCCGCGCAGCUCGCCUCCGGGUUCUACAAGACGUCGUGCCCGGACGCCGAUAAGAUCAUCUUCGGCGUCGUCGAGAAGCGGUUCAAGGUGGAUCCCGGCACCGCCUCCAGCCUCCUCCGCCUCGUCUUCCACGACUGCUUCGCAAACGGCUGCGACGCGUCCAUCUUGAUCGACCCGCUGUCGAAUCAGGCCGCGGAGAAGGAGGCGGGCCCGAACAUCUCGGUGAAAGGGUACGACAUCAUCGACGACAUCAAGACGGAGCUGGAGAAGCAGUGCCCGAACGUGGUGUCGUGCGCGGACAUCCUCGCGGUCAGCGCCCGCGACGCGGUGCGGUUGACCGGCGGCCCCGCCUACGAGGUCACCACGGGCCGGCGCGACUCGCUCGUAUCCAAACGCGAGGACGCCGACAACCUGCCGGGCCCCGACAUUGCGUUGCCCAAGCUCAUGAAGAUGUUCUCCACCAGGGGCUUCAGCGUCGAGGAGAUGACCGUGCUCCUCGCCGGCGGUCACACCAUCGGCACGUGCAAGUGCUUCUUCAUCGAGAACGACGCCGCGCCCAUCGACCCGGAGUACAAGAAGAACAUCAGCAUUGCUUGCGACGGCCGGAACCAGGACAAAGGCGCCGUCCCCUUAGACCAAAUCACGCCCAACGUCUUCGACAGCAACUACUUUGGCCUCGUGCUGGCCAAGAAGAUGCCACUCACCUUCGACCGGCUCAUGGGGCUGGACCCGAGGACGGAGCCCAUAGUCAAGGCCAUGGCGGCCAGGCCCGAGGACUUCAUCCCCAAGUUCGCCAAGGCCAUGGAGAAGCUCAUCGUCCUCAAAGUUCUCACGGGGAAGGACGGCGAGAUCAGGAGGUCGUGCUCCGAGUUCAACAACCCGCAGCCAACCAACGACGGCACGUCGGUGAUACGGAUCAGCUCGUUACAACCCGACCAGAUGCAGGGUGUGGCUCAGCCAGGGGCGACGAAGGGCGCCGCGGAGGCAAGGAAGGUGGGAGGCCGCGCGGAUAGCAGAAAGGUGAACGGACUCGAGGGGAUCAACAAAGCGGUCGCCGGAGAGGAUCUCAGGAAGGUGAACGACGGCGAGGGGAAAAGCAAAGCGACCGCCGGAAAGGGGACACAAAAGGUCACCGUCAACGAAGAAGGAGCCAACAAGUUGGCGAGUGGCGCGGAGGUCGGUGAGGCCGCAGGCAAUGAGGCGCCACCCAAGGUUAUGGGCGGCGAGACCCCCAUCAAGGUGUCCGGCGGCGAGGAGAUACAAAAGGUCACCGGCAACAACGAAGCCAACAAUUUGGCGAGUGGCGCAGAGAUCGGUAUGGCCGCUGGCAAUGAGGCGGCCCCCGAGGUUAUGCGCGGAGUAGACAUCAACAAGGUCGCGGAUACGCAAGCGGCGGGCGGCGUGGAGAUCCCGAAGGUGGUUGGUGGUGGCGAGGCGGCUGGCAAUGCGGCACGCGCCAGCGUGGGAAACACUAAGGUCAUGGACAACGACCAAGCUGCAGCCAACAAGGUGGCAAGCGGCGAGGGGACCAAGAAAGUCGAAGGCAGCGACGCGGCCAACCUGGUUACAAACAAUGCGGAUAUCAGCAAGGUCGCCGGCGGCAACGAGGUAGCCAACAACGUGGCAGGCAACAAGGAGAACAAGAAAGUGACCGGUGGCGCCGAGGAGAUGACCAGGAAGGCCACCGUUGGCAUCCAAGUGGCCGGCGAGGUGGCAGCAGGCAACGCAGAGAUCAACCAGGCCGUGGGCCCUGAGGCGAGCAACAAGGUCAUUAGGAGUGUCGAGACCAAUAGGGUCGUCGGCGACGAGCCGGCCAGCAAGUUGCCCGACGAGGAGGAGGUCAAGAAGUCGAAACUCCGAGGCGGACAACAGUAGAUGAAGCAACCAGCCGCACGGCACUGACUGUACGUACGCUUUCUUGUUUGUAGAAGGGACGAGCAACGUACCACGUACGGCUAAUUAGUAGGUAUAAUUAAUUGCACAAAACGUUGUGUCGUAUUUUUAA